AUGGCAAAGACGAGACACAAGAACAUGAAAAAAGAGGGAGGGCGCGUCAUGCUUGACACCACCUUCCAACAGCUGAGCCGCGUGCAACUGCAGCUUGAGGGGAAUGCCGGUGCGAAGCUGGGCGGCAACGGCUAUGGCAGGCAGUACGUGGACACGGCUGGUCGCGCUAUCGGCAAUUACGCAGAGGCCACGUCUGGCGGCCAAUCGACCUUCUCAUGGCUCCCGCAGGGCAGCCCUCUCUAUGUCAAACUCCCGGCGGACCAUCUUCCCGACUUCAAUCCCUCUGAGCUGAUCGGCGAUGGCUUCGACGGCCUCCCGUGUGUCGUGCGGUACUACACUUUCGGCCACCGCGAGUGCCAGCGUGUGCUCCGUGCGGCCAAGCACAUGGGCAGCGGCCGCAUCGAGGUCCGUUAUGGCCUGUCGAACCCCGCGGUAGAAGGCAAUGUCUGCUCCACGCUGUUCGUGCGCGUGAGGGGGCGGGAUCUGCUGGCGUUUCUGCGGGAGACCUAUGCGACAGUGAAUGGGGAGGGGGGUGGGAGUGGUGUUGUCAAUGUUGAGAUCGCUAAGGCCCACAACUGGCCAGUCCAAUCCCACAGGCGGUGGGGCCAGCGUUAGUGAGGGUGAGCGAGUCGUUAGCUGGCUGUGCCUCAAUAGCGGGCAGGCAGAUGGACAGUGAAUGGGGAUGAAUGGCACUUUUUCG